AUCAUCAGGGUGCAGCUCUUUUGAAUUAGAUCGCUUGUUUCGCUUCCUCAGAAAUGUGAGCAUGUGGGCUACGUCAGAUUUCAUUUGCAAUGAGUGAGCUCCUUGAGCCUUCCAUCUCCUCAAAGCAGCAAGUCACUAAAGCAUCGAAACCGGUGGUGCUAACUUUCUCUUUCAUAGUUCCGAGUGGGACCAUUUUUGAUGAUGUGUUUCGUAAGCAACCCAAAAUGGUAAAGUAUUUGGAGCGGAACUGCUUUUGUAAAAUCUCAGUCGGCCAGCUGAAAACACAAAACGGCAUGGUGAUACAAGGGGCAUGUCUGGUGGAAGUGAAGUAUGAUGAAAAUCAGGACGGACACAACGCCUUCAUACAAUUUAUGCACCGAAUCGCUCGCAUGAUGAAAGGUUUGAAUGGACACGUACCAAACUACAGUGUUGUCAACACCACCUUCUCAUGAUCAGUUAAUGUAUCUCAGUUUAUUUGACGUGCAACUAGUCUUUCAUAAUUAUACAAUUUUUGUGAUGUUACCAA